AUGUCGCACACUUUGCAUGGGCAGAUGAGACUGUCCGAUGUAAGGACGUGGCAUGUGGAUAUUGAUCGCUUUAUCAACCCUUGGGUUCCUGCGCCUAGGUUGCACAUACUGCCCCGGCCGAUUUCUCAUUUCCUGGGGUAUCGGGAUAAGCCAGCUCGACCGUUGGGUAAUGUAGUACUCGCCUUUUGGUCACUGGUCGGUGCGUUCUGCGGCGUAGCCCUGAUCGCUGAAGUAUCGAAGCGCAUCCCAGCAUUCGAAGUUCGAGACGCACCCGCUGUCGUGGGAAGUUUUGGUGCUGCUGCCGUUAUCGAGUUCUGCGCGAUCGAGUCGCCCUUUGCACAACCGCGUAAUGCCUUCUUCAGUCAGAUGUGGGCUUGUCUGAUGGGCAUUGGUAUCUCGAAGCUUUUUGCUCUAAGUCCCCAUGCCCAGCAGUACACUGAGCUUGGCGGGGCUCUAGCCUGUGGGCUCACCACUGCCGCCAUGCUGUUGACUGGUACCAUUCACCCGCCGGCGGGAGCGACGGCCCUUCUGGCUGUGACGAAUGAGCAGAUGGCGGGGCUGGGCUGGUUCUUGUUCCCGGUCAUGAUGCUGGGAGUCGUCCUGAUGCAAGUGGUGGCAUUGAUUGUCAAUAAUAUCCAACGGCAGUAUCCAUUGUACUGGUGGACGUCACACCCUCUGGCCCGAAGACAGAUCCAAGAUGAAGAGAAAGAGAAUAUCCACCGUAAGGCCGGGUCAGAUGUUCCCAGUCAUUACGAGGAGAGUCUGACAGACGUUCCUCGUCGGAUUGUGCUUGAGCGAGGGGAGAUUUUCGUGCCUGACGGGGUAUUCCUGUCAGCGGAAGAAAGGGAGGUGCUCGAGAAGAUCAGUGACAGAAUCUAA